CGCCCUCCCUUCCGCAGGGACUGCUGGGCUGAGAUGUGCGUCGGCGCGGGGCGGGAGCGGAGCAGCGAGGCCCCGGGGAGAUGUGGCGACCGAUGCAGCUUUGUCAUAUCCAUUCUGCUCUGCUGCAGAAGCCUUGGCCGCCUCCUGUUGUGCUCUUCAGGAGAGAUUUCAGGGUCCUGCCUACAAGGUCCUCAAGGCCCUCGCCCCUGUGGAGGAAGGCACUCUCUGCCACGGUGCUGGGGCUGCCCCUGUUCCUGGGCAUCCGCUACUUCUCAGCAGAGGCAAGAGAGAAGCGGAGGAUGCGGCUGGUGGUGGAUGGCAUUGGGCGCUUUUCUAGGUCUCUGAGGAUUGGCGUGCAGAUCUCCCUGGACUACUGGUGGUGCACAAACAUUGUCCUACGAGGGGUGCAAGAGAACAGCCCGGAGUACCUGGAGGUGAUGUCUGCAUGUCACCAGCGGGCGGCUGACGCCCUGGUGGCAGGGGCCAUCUGCAAUGGGGGCCUCUAUGUGAAGCUUGGUCAAGGACUGUGCUCCUUCAACCACCUGCUGCCCCCUGAGUACAUCAAGACCCUGCGUGUGUUGGAGGACAAGGCCCUCACGCGGGGCUUCCGGGAGGUGGAUGAACUAUUUCUAGAGGACUUCCAGGCCCUGCCCCAUGAGCUCUUCCAGAAAUUUGACUACCAGCCAGUUGCUGCUGCCAGCCUGGCACAGGUGCACCGCGCUACGAUGCAUGAUGGCACGGUGGUGGCUGUGAAGGUGCAGUACAUCGACCUGCAGGAUCGCUUCGAGGGGGACAUCCACACACUGGAGCUGUUGCUGUGGCUUAUUGAGCUCAUGCAUCCCAGCUUUGGCUUCAGCUGGGUCCUCCAGGACCUGAAGGACACCCUAGCUCAGGAGCUGGACUUCAAGAACGAGGGCCACAACUCCGAGCGCUGUGCGCAGGAGCUGGGGCACUUCCACUACCUCGUGGUCCCCCGUGUGCACUGGGACAAGUCAAGCAAGCGCGUGCUGACAGCUGACUUCUGCGAGGGCUGCAAGGUCACUGAUGUUGAGGCCAUCACAAGCCAAGGGCUGGCGGUGCAAGACGUGAGUGCUGUGCACAGGGUGGGGGUGGUAGGGUGCUGUCCACGUCCACUGCAUGCUCCACUCUCUCCCCAGGUAGCAGAGAAGCUGAUCAAUGCUUUUGCCGAGCAGAUAUUUUACACAGGUUUCAUCCACUCUGACCCCCACCCAGGCAACGUUCUGGUGCGGAAGGGCCCAGAUGGGAAGGCAGAGCUGGUGCUGCUGGACCAUGGGCUUUACCAGUCCCUGGAUGAGAAGGACCGGUCAGCUCUGUGCCAGCUCUGGCGGGCCAUCAUCCUGAGGGAUGACGCUGCGAUGAAGGUGCAUGCAGCUGCACUUGGGGUGCAGGACUAUUUGCUAUUCUCUGAGAUGCUCAUGCAGCGGCCUGUGCACCUGGGGCAGCUGUGGGACUCCCAUCUGCUGAGCCACAAGGAGGCAGCCUACAUGCAAGACAUGGCCCGAGAGCACUUUGAAGCCAUCAUGGCCGUGCUCAAGGCCCUGCCACGGCCCAUGCUGCUCGUGCUGCGUAACAUCAACACUGUGCGUGCCAUCAACACAGCCCUGGGCACCCCUGUCGACCGCUACUUCCUCAUGGCCAAGAGGGCAGUCCGGGGCUGGAGCCGCCUGGUGGGCGCAGCAUACCAGGGCAUCUAUGGCACCAGCCUCCUGCGCCACAUCAAGGUCAUCUGGGAAGUGCUCAAGUUUGAAGUGGCCCUGAGGCUGGAGAUCCUGGCCAUGCGGCUCACCACCCUCCUGGUUCGUGUGCUGGCCCACCUAGGCUUUGUGCCUCAGGCCGAGGAGCUCUAUCAGUACCUGGAGACCUAGGGAACCUGGGGCCAGGACGACCACACGGAGCCACCCAGGACCAGCAGGGCUCACCCAGCUGCAGGCCAAAUGAGCUACCCAGGACUGGCAGUACAGAUGCCCUAAGACCCAGGGGUCGGAAGGGGCAGAACAACUAUAGUCAGGAGCUGGAGACAAACUGUGGCUGUGACCACAGCCAGGCCAGGUGGCCAUACAAUGACCACAUGCUCAUCUUAAA